CACCUCUAGUCGGCAGUGCAGAAUUUUUUUUGUGAACUCUCAACCAAGAAAUUGCACUGCUCUUGUAAUUUGCGCAAAAGAUAGCAUUUAAUCUGCAAACAUUUGGAAGCGGCAGGCGUGUUAGCAAAAAAAAAAAACGCAAACAACCUUUGACUGCGGCGCUUGUUUUUUUUUUUUGUUGCCGGUGGCGCGAAAAGUGAAACAGCUUGUGAAGCGAAAUUGCGUUGCGUGCGCGCGUGCGUUGGCCAAAAGCAAGCAAGCAAGCAUCGAUUUUUCGUAAACGAGGCGCAGCAGCAACUGUAGGAUAUCAUAAUGGGUGCCUAUCUAUCGCAGCCGAAAACCGACAAAGCGUCCACUGAUGAAUCCAAUGAAUUGCUCGUCGUUGGUGCAAGUUCAAUGCAAGGCUGGCGCAACAGUCAAGAGGAUGCACACAAUGCUAUACUAGAUUUUGAUAAGAACACAUCGUUUUUCGCCGUCUACGAUGGCCAUGGCGGCGCUGAAGUCGCUCAAUAUUGUGCUGAUAAAUUGCCAGAGUUCCUCAAAAAUCUGGAUACCUACAAACGCGGUGCACUAGAAAAAGCACUUAAGGAUGCAUUUUUGGGCUUUGAUAAAACCCUGCUUGAGCCGACUGUGGUUACCACAUUGAAAAUUCUAGCCGGUGAGCAUAAUAUUGUGGAUGAUGAGGCCGAUGGUUAUGACGAAGAGGAUGAUGCAGAGGAAUUGGCCGAGUUACAUGAAGAAAGCCAUUUGCCAUUGAGCGAAGUGCUCGAGAAAUACAAAGGUUUGCCACAAACCCACGAUUUGUCUCUAAUCAAAUCGGCUGCAGUUGCCGCCAAGCUGUCAACAAGCUCAUCGCGAGGUCGACGCGCUGCCGCUGUCGCCGCCGAGGCAGUUAAUAAGGCGGUAAUGGAUCCCACAGCCAAGCCGGUUGGUUCCUCGACCUCUGCAGCGGCUGCAGCUGCUGCAGCAGCCAUCAGUGAAACCGACGGACCUGGUCCCAGCUGCUCGGGGAGCAGCAGCAGUAAACUAGACCAGGAAGAUGAAUCGACUGUCAGCAGCAGUAGCAGUUCGAGUGCCAGCAAAAGCAACAAUUCACCAACUGUUGCCAGCAAUAACAGCACUAAUGCCACAAGCAACAUUGUCAACACUAAGGCUGAAGCAAGCAGCAAUAAGCAAGCUGACGUUGCAACCACUGAGCAAAAUGGUGUUGUGACCUCAUCGGAGGCCAAGGCAGCUGUCAAAUCGGGAGCCGAGUCCGAUACAACUUCGGAGGAUGCAACUGUCUCGGGCUCUAGCGAUGUGGCCGACAAAAAGGCCAAUGGUAAUGUGGAGGCAGAAGCUGCAACAGCCAGUAAAGUUGAGCCCGCUGACAUUUCAUCGACCAGUAAAGAAUCUGAGAAAUCUGCAAAGAAGGCAGCGUCCCAAGAAGAUGACUCCACCGACGAUGAUGCCGAUUACGAUGAAAACGCUGCGGCUAAAGCUCAAGAAACUGCCGCUGCUGAAGUUUCUUCGGACGAAGACAUGGAUGAAGAUGAGGAAGAUGAUGACGUCGACGACGAUGAUGAUGAGGAUGAAGAAGACGAUGAUGAUGAUGAGAAUGUAAGUGACGAAGACGACACCGAUGAGGAUCAACUGGCAAAUGAUCAGUUCUGUGCCAACAUGAUUGAAGAGCCUGGAAAGGAUAGUGGUUGCACAGCCGUCGUUUGUGUUCUCCAUGGCCGUGACUUGUAUGUGGCCAAUGCUGGUGACUCGCGUUGUGUGAUUUCACGCAAUGGCAAGGCCAUUGAAAUGAGUCUAGAUCACAAGCCCGAGGACGAUGAAGAGUCCACGCGCAUUGUCAAUGCUGGCGGACGUGUUACACUCGAUGGACGUGUCAAUGGUGGACUCAAUUUAUCCAGAGCUUUGGGCGAUCAUGCGUACAAAACGAACCUCGAGUUGUCAGCUGAAGCACAAAUGAUUUCCGCACUACCGGAUGUUAAAAAACUCAUCAUCAGUCCGGAGGAUGAGUUCAUGGUUCUGGCUUGCGAUGGUAUAUGGAAUUACAUGACCAGUGAAGAAGUUGUGAAAUUUGUGCGUCUGCGUCUUAAGGAUGAGAACAAGAAACUAUCACAAGUUUGCGAGGAGCUAUUUGACAAUUGCUUGGCACCAAACACAAUGGGCGAUGGCACCGGAUGCGACAAUAUGACCGCUGUCAUUGUAAAGUUCCAGCAAAAAUUACAAGAACUGCCAGCAACUAUUGAUCCAACAGAAACGGAAGAUGCGCUCCUUGCAGCAGCUGCCCUCAAGCUGAAUAGUCAAGGCGAGCAAGUUGCUCUCAAGCGUAGCGCUUCUCCAGAUACGCCAGCCGAUGGUGAAGCAGAGUCCGCAGAGAAUGACAGUAAAUCGAAGCGAGCGAAGAUUGAGAAUAAUCCGGAGAAAGCAAAGGAUGACAAGGAUGUUAUCAGCAGCAUGCCAUCAUUAGCAGCAUCAGCAUCGCCGUCAGUUGACGAACCGAAGGAGAGCAGCGUAGUCGUAUCAUCAACGUAAAUUCUUAUAUUUGAAUUGAACUUAAACAUCCAACAACAACAAAAUCGACACGACAAUGUGGCCGAAGUGUUUUGGCAUUUUACACAUUAUUUGAAACAACUACAGAAAAACAAAAUCGUGCUCUUAGAGCACAGAGAGAGCAAAAUAAAAAUGAAAGUAAAUUUCCAAAUUAUUUAA